CAACGCGCACACACACAAGCGAACGGCUACAUUUUUUUUCGAGUGUGUUCGACAUUCAUAAUUUUUGUGGUGGAGCUGCCUGCAAAAAUACAAUUUUAUCAAUUUGCCAACAAAGUAUUGGCCAUAGCUGCAUAUAAAGUUCACCAAAACCUUGGCGCUGUUUCGCUCUCAACGAGAAGCCACUGAUACAAACCGCCUUUCCAGUUCACCGCGUAGCAAGGAGCAAAAGGAGCCAGCUGAAGGAUGUCGAGCCUGCCACGUCGCAUCAUCAAGGAGACUCAGCGUUUGAUGCAGGAGCCUGUGCCCGGCAUCAAUGCCAUUCCCGAUGAGAACAAUGCUCGUUAUUUCCAUGUGAUCGUGACCGGACCGAAUGAUUCGCCCUUCGAGGGCGGCGUAUUCAAGCUGGAGCUCUUCCUACCGGAGGACUAUCCCAUGUCCGCGCCCAAGGUGCGCUUCAUCACGAAGAUCUACCAUCCGAACAUCGAUCGAUUGGGCCGCAUUUGCCUCGAUGUGCUGAAGGACAAGUGGAGUCCUGCGCUGCAGAUUCGCACCAUAUUGCUAUCGAUUCAGGCGCUGCUCAGUGCACCCAAUCCCGAUGAUCCGCUGGCCAACGAUGUGGCCGAGUUGUGGAAGGUCAAUGAGGCGGAGGCCAUUCGCAAUGCCCGCGAAUGGACCCAGAAAUAUGCCGUCGAAGACUGAACGCCCGAGUUGAGGAGGAGAGUCAGGAAGCGGAUCCGGCAGUUGUAUCGGCGAUUUUCCAGAAAGUGGGUGCGUUACAUGGACGGGCGGGUGGGGAAAUUGCAUACUUUAAAAACAACCAGAAAAACCUAAAGCAUACGAAAGAAAGAAAACAUAAAAUAAGAAAGCAAGAAAACUAAAACAAAAAAAAAAAAAACAAACGAUUUAAAAACACAUUUUUUUUUUGGUCGAACCUUCUGGGGCGGGAUAUACAUAUAAUAUAUUAAUAUAUAUAUAUUUUUUUCAAUCGAUCGGGGCGAUCGGCGAAAUGGAGGAGAGAUAGCGAAAGCAUUCUUUAUGUAAGUCAUAUACAUGUAUCCGAAACAAACAAAAAACGAAAAAAACGAGAGAAAAACAAAAAAAAAACAAACAGUAAUUGGUUUUAAUCGUUUCUAUUGAUUUGUUCGAGGGGUCUGGUGUCUAUAUACAUAUAGCCGUAUAUAUUUCUAUGUGUAACUGAAUAACCAACCCAUUUAACCAUUAACCCAUGUAGCAUCAGAUAAUAAAUCAAUUGGAAAGGUAA